UGCUCAGGCGGGCGGUCUCUCUGCGCGGAGGCGAGGACUACGGGUGCGCCCUAGGCGCGGAGCGCUCAGUCUUCGCCCCGGCCACUCGGCGCACCCGCCUUCCCUGACCACUCCUGAGCCCAGCGCGGGUGGGCCCAGGACUCGACUCUAAAUAUCCGCGCUGCCCAGCUGAGCAGGGCCCUGAUCUUUUCCUGGGGCGCUGGGCCAUGAGCCCCACAGCCACCUGAAGCUCAGGGGGCGCUGCGCGGUGCGGACGGCGCUCCCCGAAGUUUCGUACCCCAGUUUCUGCACUGCAGGGUGCCAACGCCCAGCCCCGGUGGAGGCUUCCUCCUAGAGCAACCGGGCGGGGGCAAUGGAACCAGCGGCGCCCGUGGGCCAAGUCCGGGCGGCAGCCACCAAGCUGUCGGAGACAGUGGACGCGGCGCUGCAGGAGCCCCGGCGGCAGCGGCGUUUGGUGCUGGUCAUCGUGUGUGUGGCGCUACUCUUGGACAACAUGCUGUUCAUGGUCAUCGUGCCCAUCGUGCCCGUAUACAUCGCUCAUAUGCGCGGGGACAGGGAGAACCCCACCCCGGCCCCCGAAGUGUGGGGGCCUACGCUGCCGCCGCCCACUCUAGACAAUGCCAGUGCAGAGAUUGCCAACACCACCGAGAACCCGACGGGCACGCCGACGACGACGACCAGGCCACCUUUCCGGCCCCGCUACCCCACUGAGAGCGAGGACGUGAAGAUAGGGGUGCUGUUUGCCUCCAAGGCCAUCCUGCAACUGCUGGUGAACCCGCUGAGCGGGACCAUCAUCGACCGCAUGAGUUACGACGUACCGCUGCUGAUCGGUCUGGGCGUGAUGUUCGCUUCCACUGUGUUGUUCGCUUUCGCUGAGGACUACGCCACGCUUUUCACAGCUCGGAGCUUGCAGGGCCUGGGUUCGGCUUUCGCCGACACGUCCGGCAUCGCUAUGAUCGCCGACAAGUACCCCGAGGAGCCGGAGCGCAGCCGCGCCUUGGGAGUGGCGCUGGCCUUCAUCAGCUUCGGGAGCCUGGUGGCGCCGCCCUUCGGGGGCUCCCUCUACGAGUUCGCGGGCAAGUGCGUGCCCUUUCUGGUGCUCGCUGCCGUGUCCCUGUUCGAUGCACUGCUGCUGCUGGUGGUGGCGAAGCCCUUCUCGGCCGCAGCGCGGGCGCGGGCCAACCUGCCGGUGGGCACCCCCAUUCACCGCCUCAUGCUGGACCCCUACAUUGCGGUGGUAGCGGGCGCGCUCACUACCUGCAACAUCCCGCUCGCCUUCCUCGAGCCCACCAUCGCCACGUGGAUGGAAAACACGAUGGCGGCGUCCGAAUGGCAGAUGGGCAUGGUCUGGCUGCCCGCCUUUGUGCCGCAUGUGCUGGGCGUCUACCUUACCGUGCGCCUGGCGGCGCGCUACCCGCACCUGCAGUGGCUGUAUGGCGCCAUCGGGCUAGCGAUGAUCGGGGCCAGCUCUUGUGUGGUGCCCGCGUGCCGCUCCUUUGCACCACUGGUGAUCUCGCUCUGCGGCCUGUGCUUUGGCAUUGCGCUGGUCGACACAGCACUGCUGCCCACUCUCGCCUUCCUUGUGGACGUGCGCCACGUCUCGGUCUACGGCAGCGUCUAUGCCAUCGCAGACAUCUCCUACUGCUUGGCCUACGCGCUAGGGCCCAUUGUGGCGGGCCACAUCGUGCACUCGCUGGGGUUUACGCAGCUUAGCCUUGGCAUGGGCCUGGCGAACCUGCUCUACGCGCCUGUCCUGCUGCUGCUGCGCAAAGUGGGCCUCUUGUCGCGCUCGCGCUCUGAACGCGACGUGCUGCUGGAUGAGCCGCCACAGGGGCUGUAUGAUGCCAUGCGCCUACGUGAGCGCACAGGACCAGGAACCAAAGAUGAGCCUACCAGCCCCCCAGGCCCGUUUGAGGAGUGCGAGGACGACUAUAAUGACUACUACACCCAAAGCUAGCAGCCCCGCUCCUCCUCCAGGCCAUCCCCCCGCCCCCACUACCCCCACCCCGACUCCAGGUCUAGGUGACUGCUCAGUGAGCGCACUGGUCAGCUCAGGCUCAGGGCUGCUCCCUCCAGCAAGUACCCCCACCGUCACCUUCUGUUUUCACUUCAUUGUCUCAUCUCCUGUCCCUUCCUCGUCUAAUGGGCCAUGGAAGCACCGAGGAAAACAAAGCAACCGUGCUCCUGGCAGAGCUGAAGAAGCGGGCCUCCACCUCAGAUUCCCCUAUGUAGAGUUGCAGUCGCGCACGCCUUUCUUUUCUUUUUUCUUUUUUUCCUUCCAGUGCCAAUUUGGCCCGCUGCACCGCGGUGCCUUCAGCCUGA